GAUGAAUGAAGAACAUAAAACUUUCAUUUAGAGGCACAGUUGACGCGUGGAACGUGUAUGGUCUUGGUUCUACAAGGCUAGACAUGCAGGGUGACUGACCUCCUGUAACAGGCGAUGCGGAAAGCCAGGUACAAUGGAAUCACGUGACAUUCGCCAGGUAAAGUGUUACGUGUUGCAACAGGUCCGAGAUUUGGCAGGGGCAACUUUCACACAACAACAACACAGAGCAGAACACCUCGGUAACAAACGCCUUGGAUGUGCGGUGCCUUCUCCUUGCUUUAUAUGAGAAUCAGGUCGUUGGAAAAACAAACAGAUGAAGUACGUGGAUAAGCCGCCAGACGGCGGCUGGGGGUGGGUGGUGGUGCUGAGCACGUUCCUCGUGCACGUCAUCGCUCUAGGAUCGGUGAAGUCCCUGGGUGUAUUCUACGCCGAGUUCCGAAAGGUUUUCCACGAAAGCGCGGGAAACACGUCAUUCAUCAGUUCUGUUUUCGUGGCUAUCGUGCUGAUGUGCUCCCCCAUCGCCAGUGCCCUGAGUAACCUGACCAGCUGCCGUGCCGUGGUCAUGGCGGGUGGAGUCAUUUCAGCGGUGGGACUCGGGCUCAGCUUCUUCGCACAAAACAUCGUACACCUGAUCAUCACCAUUGGGCUCGUGACAGGAUUUGGUAUGUCCCUGAUGUACUCCCCAAGUCUGGCAAUGAUCGGGAAAUACUUCGACAAGCGGCACGCCACAGCUAACGGGAUCGCGAUCAGUGGGACCGGGGUCAGCAUGUUUAUCCUGUCGCCGCUCUUUCAAUUCCUCAUAGACGAGUUCAGGUGGAACGGUGCGCUCCUGAUUUAUGCCGGCAUGGCGCUCAAUGGCUGCGUCUUUGGAGCUUUGCUGAGACCCUUACAUAUUAAAGAUGCUGGUAAAGUUGAAGAAACAGAAAAUGAGACCUCAGCAGAUUCGUCCCAAACGUGCAAAUCCGUUGUUCCAUUCUGUCAAAAGGUUUUGGAAAUGUUUGACGUGACUUUGCUGAAAAGCAAACAUUUCCGUACCUACAGCGUGUCCUUGUUUGUUUUGAUGUUGGGGAACUCGAUGAUUUAUGUGCACAUUGUAGCCCACGCCCAAGCUCUGGGAAUAGAGAAAACGAAAGCAGCAUUCCUCCUGUCUGUUAUGGGCAUCGUGGAAGCCAUUUCACGAGCAAUAAACGGGUGGCUAUCAGACAGACUACCGGUCAGAAAACUGUACUAUUUCAUGGUGGGUUGUAUCGGUUUGGGGAUAUGCACUAUCGCCAUACCAAACUCAAAGACAUACACGGGCCUGGUGGCGUGUAUGGUGUUCUAUGGGAUUUCGUCUGGGACCUUCUACCCGUUGAUUGUAGUACUUGUACGGAAAUAUAGCGGAGUUUCCAGGAUUUCUGGCGGGCUCGGUUGGGCGUUCGUCUUCAAGGGUACCGGCUUUCUGCUUGGACAACCCAUAGCAGGUAAGCAUUGCCAACCUUAUUCUAAAUAAUCGUAAAACGUAGCUGGCCAUAGUAAGCACUGAAAAGACUUGGCAAUUUUUUUUACAGUAUAGACAGGUGACCGAU